AUGAUUUGUGGCAUCGCUGGUUCGACGCGCAUGAACGUGCAGCACGCCGGGUUCCAUGUGUUGGCACAGGCGUUGGCGGCACAUGAAGUUUGGAGCAUCGAUCCGGUGGACGAGCUACGGGUGCAGGCUUUGCUCUCCGUCGCCCAGAACUUGGUCUCCACUCCCUGGCUCACGCAGCUGCUGCGGAGGUGCGCUGCCCUGGCGCCCUCGUUGGAGCUGAUGCUCGUGGGCUGGAGCUACGGCAAUCACUUCGCCUGCCAUGCUGCGCGCCAGUUGGAGACGCUCGGGAUCUCUCCGCGCGGCAUCUGCACACUGGACGACCGGGCCUCGAAGCCGCCACGUGGAGUCGUCGAUCCUGACAACAUCUGCCAGACGAGGCCUCGCGUCCGCAUUUCGACCGCUGCACUGGAGUUCGUGAGCCCCUGCCAUUUCGUGAGGAAGGAGUCCGGCCUAGAUCCCGUUCGGCUCAUCUUCGGCACCAACGACGAGAUGGCCAGAAAGCGGGCUUUGUACUUCGAGAGAUCCUGCAAAGUCUGGUUGUCGGAAUCCGUCCACCAUGACAUCGCGGUGGUGAGCUCCUGGGACAUCAGAGAACGUCUCCACGAGCAGCAGCGGCCGCGGAGGAAGCGCCGACGGCCGCCCAGAGUCUUUGGGGCUCUUGGCUUCGCUGCCGGCAGACCGCCAAAGGAGCGAGGUGCCGGGGCGAACUUCUGA